CUUCACUCACAUCAUCAUCAUCACGUGUGUUUUAUUUUGUGUCUCUUCUGAUUCUGCUGGCUGUAAUAUCUGAUCUCAUUGAUCCAAAGUGCUGCUGAGGUUCUGAUCAUGAUGUCAAUGAGAUUCAUCGGCGGAUUUGUGUUCGGUUCUGUCGUUAGUACCGGAUCAUGUAUCGCGGCUCUGAAACUUUAUAAACACGAGCAGAAAGAAACAGAGAGCGUGAACUCAACACACGAGAUCAUCCAACGCUUCGGUCUGCCUCAAACCGGUGCUGAGAUCAGAUACUACAUCAAUCACAUUCUGUCAUAUGAUCAGACCCGCCGCAUACCCAGAUGGGUAGCAGAACACCUGUCCGAUCAGAGGCUGUUGGGUAAAGCCGACAGAAAACACUGCAAAUUCAAACCGGACCCGAACAUCCCGGAAGUGUUCACGGCGAGGAAUGAAGAUUAUCUGCGCAGCGGCUGGUCACGAGGACACAUGGCGCCCGCCGGUGACAACAAAAUCUCCGAGCAAGCGAUGGCCGAAACGUUUUAUCUGUCCAAUAUCGUCCCACAGAACUAUGAGAACAACGCUGGCUUCUGGAACAGGUUGGAGAUGUUCUGCAGAGAUCUCACAAAGAAGUUUGGUGAUGUAUGGAUCGUGUCUGGACCUCUACACCUGCCACAGGUGGAUGAGAACGGCAAGAAAACCGUCUCUUAUCAGCUGAUCGGAGAAGACGACGUCGCUGUUCCCACUCACCUCUACAAAGUGGUUCUCGUUCAGAAAGAGUCGUCUGAGGAUUUGUUGGCUCUCGGGGCGUUUGUGGUUCCUAACGUUCCCAUUGGCUUUGACCGUCACCUGACUGAGUUUCAGGUUAGUCUGUCUGAUUUAGAGCGGAUGUCCGGCCUGACGUUUUUCCCUAAAAUGGAAAAAGCCAAAGAGUUGAAGAACUUGUGUGAGGUGGACUCCUGUCAGCUGAUGGACUUUAAACGCUUCACACUUUACCUCACCGGCCGGAAAGUGUCGAGUGCCCGGACGCUUCCACGACUGGAGAAAGUGAUGGAGGAGCUGAGAGACAAAGGUAUCACACCUGAUGAUUAUCUGAAAAAUCUGUACCUGGAGAAGAAACAAGAACUUCUGCAGAAAGAGAAAUCUGAGAAGCCUUGAGCUUUCUUUCUUUACCCAAUUUAAAGUAUUUCUCUGUAGGUUUUGGAGUUUUUUUUACCUGAUUUGUUUUACCAGAAAGUGUUACUGGUCUGGGGUUACUACUUCGACCUUUUUAUAUCUCUACUAAACCAAAGCUUUGAAACUUGAAACACUACCCUGUCUGUGUUAACGCUACUGUCAUUAAAGCUUUUAUUCAUCA